ACCUUCCUGAGAGCAAGGGCUGUUUGACAGUAGAAGACACUCCUUGGGGAAUCAUGGCAUCUCCUUCCCUGGAGGCCUUUCAGCAGAGGCUGGAUAGCCAUCUCUCCCAGGGAGAGUUCCUGCAUGGCAGAAGAGGAAGGGGCUUGGACUGGAUCAGGGCCCUUCUGGGGGUCUCUUCCAACUCGAUAGGAUUGUAUGCUUUGCAGGAUCUCGCUCUCACUUUCCCUUGCACCAGUCUUGAAUUCCUCUACCAAGGUCUCCCAAGAGCUGCCACCUCAGAAGUCAAAGGCUUUCAUGGCUAGCAGCCAUGGUUUUUGUGGGUUUGGGGGCCUCUGUGGCCAUGCUCUGGAAGAGUUUCUUCCUGACGUUUCUCUGUGGAGUGCAUUCUCUGAAGAUGCCAGAGCCACAGAUGCAGGUGAAACAUCAGGAACAGACCCUUCCAGAACAAGGCCACAGAGGCCCCCAAACCCACAACAAAGCCGUGCCACCUCUGGGCUUCACCCCUUUCCCUGUUGGCACAGACUGGCCCUGGACUGGCGCAAGGAAGAUCCCGGCCGAGGCCCCUUCUGCUCGGAUGGCCAUGCUUUUGUGCCAUGCGCAAAGGUCUGGCCGGCAUCCUGUUUGGCGGAGGUCCAGGGCUGUCAGCAUUGGCGUUUCAUGCACAGUCAACCCAAACACCCUUCAAGAGGAUAGUCAUGUCGGCCCUUUCGCUUCCUCUUUCCACAAGUGGAGAAAAAGGAAAGGGAAAGAGGAGUUUUAUGGGCCUUUGCAAUGUCAAGAAACGGAUCUGUUUAAAGUUCAAGGCGGCUAAUUGUUUCCAAGUUCCAAAUUCAUUCCUAUCCGGCCUUUUCCUCAACAUUGGGACUCAAGAGGCCUUGCAAGUAGAUUGUCGUUGUUGCUGCUGCUGUUGUUGUGUGCCUUCAGGUCAUUUCCAACUUAUAUUGUGUAUAGUAUAUUGACAGUACAGUUUAUUGACACCAGGACAAAAAAACAACAACACAAAAAUGUCAGGGUUUUUUAAUGGGGUUAUGUUUUUUAAAGCCAUUCAACAAUUUAUAGAAUUACAGGUUGAGUCUCCUUUACCUGGAAUUCCAAAAUCUAGAAUAUUCCCAAAAUCCAAGACACUUUUCACGGCCGGCUGAGAUAGAGACGCCUUUGGCUUCCUGAUGGUUCAUUGCAGACCAACUUUGCUUCAUGCGCAAAAUUACUUUGAAACUGUUGUGCGUACGUUUUAUCCUCAGGCUCUGCAUCUAAGAUGUAUAUGAAACAUACAUGGAUUUUCUGUUGGGACAAUUUAGGAUUGUAGGAGUUUUCACCUGUGAAACGUUGGAAGGUUGGUUUACAGAUGACAGAACAAAUCGUUGCAUCCCUGCUUCUCAUCUCUAGCAUCUUCAUCCUCAUAUUAGACUGCUUUUCCAUUUGUCUGGGAAACCAGGUUGUUUGCUCACCAAGAAGAAUUCAGCCUCCUGCAAGAAACCUGGGAGAUGAAGCCCAUGGAGGAGAAGAUCACCCUGAACAUCGGGGGUGUCCGCUUUGAGACCUACCCCAGGACCCUUCAGGCCUUUCCUGGCACCAGACUCUGCCGCUUGACAGAGCCCCAGGCUUGUGCCUCCUUGGACUACAACCCGCGCCUCAAAGAGUUCUUCUUUGACCGAAAUGCCAACUUCUUUGACGAGGUCUUGAACUAUUACCGGACCAAACGUCUCCAUUGCCCCGAAGAGGUCUGCAAAUCGGUCCUGGAGGAAGAGUUGGCCUUUUGGGGGAUCCAAGAGGCCCUCCUGGCUCCCUGCUGUUGGCAGAAAGUGAGGAAGGCAGAGAUGCAAGAGGAAGAGCGCAAGGUCUGGGAUGAGGAGGACACCCAGUCGCUCUUGGACCAAGCGGCAGGGCGUAGGAGCAGCUGGAGGGUCCGGUGGCAACCCAAGGUCUGGGCUCUCUUUGAAAAACCCCAUUCCAGUCUAAGCGCCAAGUGCCUGGCUGCUUUUUCCAUGCUCUUCAACAUUGGCAUUUGCAUCCUUUUUCUGUGGAAGACCUAUGACAUGCGUGGCAUCCUUCAUCAGUAUGCCAUGCGUGGCACCCUUCAUCACUAUGGCAAUAGAUCCGGGGAAUUCCCUCCAGACGAAUAUUCAUCUCAGAAAAAGUUGCCUCUCUUCCUCCAUCUGGAGCUUUUCUUUGUCCUCUGGUUCACAUUUGAGUUCAUCACGAGACUCACCUUCUGCCCAGACAAGAAGAAAUUCCUGAGGAGCGCUCUAAACCUGGCUGAUUUCCUCUCCUUGUUCCCAGUUUACGUCGAACUCUUCUUAGCCGGAGCAGGCAACCAUCCGGUGUAUUGGCUGGGCUUCUUCCGCUUGGCCUAUUUCUUCAAACUACUGAAGGUAGUGAAGGUUGUGGAGCCCACCUUGGUCUUCAGGGUCCUGUCCCACACUUCCAGCAGCCUCCUGAGGGAAGCCCUCAUCCUCUUGCUCAUUUUCGCCUUCGAAAUUGUUUUCUUCGGGGUCCUCGUUUACUACGCGGACUUGCUGCACAAGGAGCAUGAAAUGCAAUUUGGCAGCCUUAUGUCUUCUUUCUGGUGGGCCGCGAUCACCUUGACCACCGUGGGCUACGGAGACGUGGUCCCUCUCUCGACGUACAGCCAAGCAGUCGGGGCCUGUGUGGCUCUCAGUGGCGUCCUCACCAUUGUUGUCCCCAUCCCUCUCUUUUACAUCAAGUUCAAGGGCUAUUAUGACGCUGCUUUGGUCAAGGAGAGGAUGAAACGGAUGAAGAAAACACCGGCGUUGCUGUCCUCCUGAAAGCUCCAGAGCACCUCCAGGUCCAGCUGUUUCAGUGGAGAUAACAUGCUCCCAUUGUAGAAGCUUCCACUUACUCCAUUGUGCAAGUUGUUAUUAUCAUGCCAACUCAUGCUCCUGUGCUUGUUUUUGUAGAGCAACACUUUAGGAUCUGCAUGAGACCAUGAACUGAUGGCUCUCAUCAUAGAAGCCUGUAACAUCACUGCCCCCAUUAACACCCAUAGUCUCUGAGCUUUACUUGCUGCUUUGGGCACUCUGACUAUGGAAACAUCUUAUCACACACACACUCACACACAUAUAUAUGAGAUGUUUGAGUGGGUCCUAAUAAAGAUAUUGCCUUGCUGUGGAUUAUGAGUUUCUACCCGUGGGCCAACAUAGCUUCCCUGGCUUUACGUAGCAAUGAUACCCCAAAAUAGCUGGAUGGCUCAUGCAUCAAAACACCAUCCAGGGUGCUGCAAUCACUAUGUAAAGAGACCUAAAAUGUCACACAUGUGGUAAGUUUUCCCAUUCUCCAGAACAUUCUUUUGGUGACAUGAAACUGGGAGGAAAGGAAGAAGCAGUGAAAAAUCCAUAGUCUUCUGAGAUAGAGACUGCAAGCCCAUACCCUCCAACAACCUCAGUUUGACAAGGACAGUCCCAGUCAGUCUUCCAUUGUCCCACUUUUUUCAGUUGUGUUUAGAAUGUCCCAGCUGAGAAGUCACUUUUUGGACCAUGACACCUGGGGCAUCCUUGGAUUUGAAGCCCAACAAAGUGUUUUCUAACCUCUGGUACACAUACACACAUGUCUUCAUUUUGCCUUGCACCAUCUUGUUUGUUUGAAUUCUUCUCUCCUGAUUCAUGCAGCAAUAAAUUGGACACACGAAUUGGCCAUGUGUCAUUAGGAACGCAUUGGCCAGGAUGAGGGCGGCAAGUGAGGAGGCAGAAGCAACUGGGAGGGAAUGCUUUACAGGCAGUCCAACCUCAGAGCCAUGCAACACCAGAAGAAGAACACAAUGAACGCUUAGACACUUCUGAAAAGAGCAGGGGUCUCUGCUUGCAAAGUUUUACCAUUUCCGAGAAAAGGCGGUUGGAAGUUGGAGCGGGAGGGGUGUGGAUUGCGGUUUUAUAAUGCAAUUAAAUUAUAUCAUACGUGUCAUAUUUUGUUGUCAUGCCGCACUUUAUUGCACAUGCUAUGCCUGUACUCCUGGGUUGCACUUUCUUGAAAUAAAUCAAUUUUAUUGUCCCUUGCAAAUGUCUGCAAUUGCUGUCUGC